AUGUGUAGCGAGCUUGCCGACGAGAAGGUUGGUACGAAGGUCGAGGCGAUGAGCCUCAUCCGCGAGAAGACCACCAUUCCAAUCCCGCAAAUCAAGGCUUGGGGUCUUGCUGCUAGCAACCCGCUUGGCCUGGGCCCGUUUAUCAUAAUAGACUUCAUCGACGGAUGA